AUGGAGGCGGUCGCCGAGGAAGAGUCGCCCCAACCAAGGCAACUCCCCGAGUUUGACGCUGCCUUUCGAGAUACCACAUCGUCCUGUUAUUUCCACCACAUCAUCGAUGUCACUGAUGCCACCCUCCGCGUUGAAGUGCUCGGUCCAAACCUCGUCUACACUUUCCGACACGAACGCGCAAAGGAGCUGCGUCUAGCCGACUCCGUCAUCUCUAAGCGUCUGGAAGCCAAAGUGACAGGGUUCCUCGCCCUCCGCACCGGCAGGAAUCAGAAGCGAGUUGUCCUGGCCUGGGCACAGAGCGGGCAUGGGAUCGGCCGUCUGGGCGACCUGCUCGAUCCCGACCCGAGCGUGCUUCCCAACGACGUGUGGACGAAGAGGGCCAUCAACAUGGGCCGCGCUCUCUCUCUGCGCAUGAGACGACCCUACGAUGGGAUCAUCUCUCGAACCAUGGGUGUGAGAAUGGAUGGCGUGUUUCAGGGCAGCCACGUCGAGGUGAAGCUCGCGGUGCAUGCCGUUUGCAUCUUGCUGACUAGCUUUGGCAUCACGCAAGACUUGGAUAAUGUGUCGCCGGAGCACCUGAGGGCGCUACGGCAGGCAUCUUGGGACGACGGCUCGAAGCCCGCAUUCGAAAUAUACUUUUCGCGCAAAAACUGUCACUUCUGCGGCAAGUUUGUCAGGAGGCUGCAGAGUGCCACGGGAAUCACCCUCAAGCUUAUAUGGAGAGACCGGCUGGUGAAAAAGGUGUAUGAAAAAAAGAAGAUGGACAGCAGUAAGGCGAAUCAUCCGCAGUCGCAAGAGGCCAUUCAGCUCGACUCCGACACCGUCAUGACAGAUGACGUCCAUGUUAUUGAGACUAUCGAUCUCUCUAGCGACCACCCCAUCAAUUCCGAGGUUGUCAAUCUCACUGGCGACAGCAACACAAUCUCCGACUCGCCUACGCCCGAACAAGAGCCCAACACACGCGCCCCGACGGACACCUACAUCGAAGGCCUGGCAUAUUGUGUCGGCCAAAUCGACGAGUGCCCCGCAAGCGCCCGAGAUGCCAUCCUCACUCUUGCCGCUCAACAGCAGCAGCAGCGCAGAGUCGUCAACCUCGAGAACAUCAACAAACCUCUCCCCGCUACACCCCAGAUUGCGCCCCCGGGAUACGCUGCAGCUGCCUCUGCAGAGCCAGAUGAUGCAGUGGCUGCAGAUACAAUCGAAGCUGCAAUCACGACGAAUCCCAUGCUUACGCCACCACCGAGCGGAAGCAGACAGUUACGCGCCCGUGCCAAUAGCAGCAGACCAAGAACUUCGCGAAACUACACUUGGACGCGCAAUUCUCGCUCACAAGCACCGCCUGCACGAAGGGAACAAGUAACUCCGACUCGUCUUCCGAGCAACCACAACGAUGGUGGAGGCAUGAGAAUCUUUACGGCUGCUCCUCAUCCUCGAGGCAGGGGGUCGACUAUGUGGAUCGAGCUUCCUUCCCGUCGAUGCUCCGAGUCUCCCGAUCCAUUUUGA